GCUGUUGGGCGUUGGACUCCGCAUCUUAUUAGCGACCAGGAAAAUUUCUCCAUUUUCUGUGCUGUCCAGAGAGUAACGGGCACAAAUCUAGGAUUUAGAUUAUUACUUGCACUUGCCAGGGUUUUUCCUACCGGUUUCCUUCUCUGAGACUGGGUUUGCUCGCUUCGUUGACUCGCAGUGAGCUCGUCGGCCAGGUGUUUAUUCCGGGGAAGACGCUUCGCUUGUUGCUCUUUGUUCUGUGCUGGGUCUGUUGAGCUCUUUGUUGGAGUGAAAGCAUGGGAGCGCAAGUCUCUAAGACAGCUGGAAAUGGAGAAACAGCUGCUGAAAAACCCGGAGAGGCUGCAGCUUCACCAUCCAAAGCCAACGGACAGGAAAACGGUCAUGUGAAGGUGAACGGAGACGCGUCUCCGGCGGCUGAGGAGAAAGUAGAGGUUCAGGCUAACGGCAGUGCUGAUGGAGAGAAGCCUGAGGAUCCUGCAGAGAAGGAGCCCGCGGAGGGAGAAGAAAACACUGAAGUGAGCGCUCCCGCUGGAGAGGAGCCCGCCAAACCUGAUGAUGCUGACACUCCCUCCACAAGCAAUGAGACGCAGAAGAAGAAGAAAAAGCGCUUCUCUUUUAAGAAGUCCUUCAAGCUAAGUGGCUUCUCUUUUAGGAAAACCAAGAAGGAGACUGGAGAUGGAGCUGAGGAUGCGGUGGAGGAAGACAAAACUGAGCGAGCUGAAGCUGUCGAAGGAGGAGCGUUAGAAGAGAACCCCAAACCAGCAGAGGAGCCAGUCGGAGAAACCAAACCAGUAGAGGAGAAACCAGUAGAGGAGCCCAACGCUGCCAGUCCUGCCACUGAAGAGCCCAAAGAGGAGGAGAAACCAGUGGAGUCCGUGCCAGAUCCCACUGCCUAUCCGAGUGAAGCGCCUGCUCCCACGGGACAAGAAGCAGGAGCCAGUCCCGAGGACCGCCCCGAACCGGCCACAGAGUAAGAGAGAGCGAGAGAGAGAUGGAGAAAAAGAACAGAUAAUCAAGGAAUAUGUCCGUUGUACAAUGGAGUAGUGCCAGGGUAUUGGACUUUGGAGAACUUUGUCUGCAACAAGGAAUAUUUUAAUGAUUUUUUUUUUAGUCUUUAGGUUUUUUUUAUAUCUGCCCCUCCUCAAAUCUCGCUCGACCAAUGUGGUUAUUUCUAGAGCUGCGAAAUAGAUGGCUGAAUUGAAUACAGAAAAAAGUGAUAUUUAUCUAUUUUUGGCAUCAGUAUUAACUCUUUGUUUUUUGGGGGGGAUUUUUAUACGAAUAAACCGUAAACUUGUUUAAAAUGUCUGGACAUGACUGUGGAUUAAAGGCAGCUUG